AUGUCGCCACCCACGCCUGCCAGUGGAAGGACGACGCUGGGCAUUUUGGCGCUGCAAGGGGCUUUUGAGGAGCACGAGGCCAUGUUCAAGCUGCUGCCAACGCACCUCACCGAUCGCCUGAACAUUAUCCAGGUGCGGAAGAUGCAAGAACUGGACUCCUGCGACGCGCUUGUCAUUCCUGGCGGUGAGUCCACCACCAUGAAGAUCAUCGCUGGCACCGAUGAGUUCAUGAAGCACCUUCGAGCCUAUGUACGUGGAGGUGCCGGUUCGGACGGUGUGGAGCGCCGGCCCCAUCCGGUGUGGGGGACGUGCGCGGGCUGCAUCUUGCUCUCGGAGGAUGUUGUCAACUCGGUCAGCCAAGGAGAUGGUCCGCAGAUCCAGCCUGCCAAGCGCUGCAAAUAUGGGGAUCCGAUUGGCGGCCUUGACGUGGCGACCUGCCGCAACUUCUUCGGCAGACAGGCGGAGUCGUUCGAAGCUGCCAUCGAGUCUGCAACCGGUGAGGAGCAGGACAGCUCCCCCGGGAAUGGCAGCUACGCCAGGGCCGUUGUCCAAGCGGUCGGUUUGUUCUUGCUUGCGGGGUCUUGCGAGAAGGGGAAGGCAGGGGAGAGCGAGGGGGUGGAGGAGGACACCUCCACGGAGCAGACCUCGUUCACGCGCGAGCGCGCGUUCAGCGGCUCCUCCGAGCAUGAGCAUGACCAUGCGGUGGAAGUGGCAAAGACUGCAACCACAGCGACCAGGAGAACCACCAGGACAACCCGCAGCAACGGACUAUCGCGUCGGAUUACUGAGAAGAUGAUCGACGACGCGCUCCUUGACGAGAAGGCCGCUGGAGUUCACGUCACGGACAACUUUGGUGCCAAAGCAGCACACCUCCGCCGCACGCUGUCACAAAGCUUCGAUCCAGACCAGCUGUCUUGCUGGAGGAAGCCCUUCUUCGCCAUCGUGCGUUGGCCAGGCUUCGAUUCCCUCAUCGGCAUUGUCAUCUUGCUGAACGGGAUGACGAUUGGUUUCGACACCCAGGCAAAGGCUCAAAUCCCCAUCGGCUGCGAUGAGAACUGCAACGACUGCCCGAAUCCGGGCACGGUUUGUCAGGUCACGGCGCCCUGGGUUGGUUACCUCGAUAAUAUCUGCUACGGCAUCUACAUCGCCGAGCUCCUCCUGCGGUUCCUGGCGUUUGGACCCCGCGCCAUCAAAAGUCACUGGGUGAAGUUCGACCUUUUUCUGGUGGCAACAGCCACCGUCGACUUGGUCCUGAAAACGACAGCUCUGGACGCAGAGUUCUUGAAGCAGGUCAUGCUGGUUCGGCUGCUACGCCUGGCCCGACUGGCUCGUUUGGUGCGACUGGUGGUCCAGUUCCAAACUCUGUGGAAGCUGGUCUCUGGCCUCAUGUCCUGCGCCAACACGCUCUUCUGGACCUUCCUAUUGAUCAGCAUACUUUCCUACAUCGCAGCGCUCUUCGGGAUGGACAUGAUUACCUACGACCUGGCGCUGCCUCCGGACCACCCCUACAACAUCGCGGUGCUUGAGAACUUCGGCGCUCUGGAUGAUGCCAUGUUUACGCUCAUGCAGCUCUUUACCUUCGACAGCAUAGCCAGCAUCUACCGGCCCCUGAUCCGGCAACGCCCUUUGCUCUUCUUCUACUUCAUGACAGUUCUGCUGGUUCUGUCCAUUGCCCUGAUGAACCUCGUGACAGCCAUCAUGGUCGAGGGGGCGCUGACCAUUGCCGAGGAGGACAAGGAAGUCCGGAAGACUUAUGAGCAGGCCCGCAAGAAGCGGCAGAUGGCUCAGCUGCGGCUGAUGUUCGAGGAGCUGGACGAAGACGGCUCCGGCGAGGUAACCCUCGACGAGAUCAUGGCCGCACCGGAGGAUGUCAAGCAGAGCCUCUUCGAAAUCGCGGGAACUGAGGACAUCCAGACUCUCUUCGAGAUGCUCGACUUUGACGGCGGGGGAUCUCUGGAGACGGACGAGUUCUGUCAAGGAGUCUUCAAGGCGAGUAGCUCCUCGAAGCCACUGGAGCUGGAUCGCCUGAUGAAGCAAUGCCGAGACAUUCUCAUGAACAGUCGGAAGGCGCAGCAUGGGCUCGCCGACUGGAAGGUCUAA